CUGUGUGCAGUGUUGAGGGUUUAGUUGAACGGUCAUGUAAACACCAACUCAUGCUCAGUCGAUGAGAGAGCAGCAGCUCUGACCUGGAAGUGAAACAGGACUUUCCUCCUGGACUUUCAGGUUGGGUUUCUGAACCCGGAUCUGCCUGCAAAAGCUGAUCGCAGCCGAACCGAACCGAACCGAACCUCUCAACAUGGAGAUUUCAUUUACAGGCAAACAGGCGCUGGUGACAGGAGCAGGAAAAGGUAUCGGCAGGUCCACGGCUCUGGCUCUGGCACGCUGCGGGGCUCGGGUCACUGCAGUCACACGGACACAGGCUGACCUCAACAGUUUAGUGCAAGAGUGUCCAGCCAUCGUCCCAGUGUGUGUGGACCUGGCGGACUGGGCAGCCACCGAGGCUGCCCUGAAGGACGUCGGGCCCAUCGAUCUGCUGGUGAACAAUGCUGCCUGCACCAAACUGCAGCCAUUCCUGGAGGUCACACCUGACCAGUUUGACCUAUUGUUUAAUGUGAAUGUGAAAGCUGUGCUACACAUUUCUCAGAUGGUGGCUGGUGGGAUGAAGGCCAGAGGGUCGGGCGGCUCCAUCGUCAAUGUGUCCAGCCAGGCAUCCCAGCGCGCCCUCAGGGAUCAUACUGUUUACUUAAUCACUUCCAGUGAGAGUUGCUGUGUUGUCAUUCGGCCUUGCUCAGGUGCAACUAAAGGGGCCCUGGACAUGCUGACCAAAGUGAUGGCCCUAGAGCUCGGACCCCAUCAGAUCCGUGUGAACAGCGUCAACCCUACAGUUGUUAUGACAAAGAUGGGUCACCUGGGCUGGAGUGACCCGGAAAAAGCCCAGACCAUGAAGUCCCGCAUCCCCCUGGGCCGCUUCGCAGAGGAGGAGGACGUGGUGAACUGCAUCUUGUUCCUGCUGAGUGAGAAGAGCAGCAUGAUUAACGGAGUCGCCCUGCCAGUGGACGGAGGCCACCUGGCCUGCUGAACAUCACCACGAGUUCCAGCUGAUCAGAGGCAGAUGUGCUGACAGCUCAGGGUUUUACCCCAACAUUCAGAUGGUCCAAAAUGAACGGGUUCAUUGUUGUUGAAUCAUGAUUUUUAAUUUGUCUGUGUGGUUUUGAACAUCAGAAAAUUACAUCCCAGGUGUAGAUGUAGAUCUCAGUGAAAUAAAAGCAUAAAAAAGCCAUGA